AUGCUCGUGAGGCCUGUACGGCAGGCUAGCAGACUCGUGCCGACAAGAUUGCUCGCAACAAGCAGGAGCGCACUACUACUACUGAAGUCUGCACGGACUGCGCUCUCCGCUCCUCUCGCUCCUGCACAGCUCGGCCACACUCACCGACGGUCCUGCUCUACCUUGUUCGGAGCGAUACUGCCAGGUUGCGCGUACCAUCGCAAGAUGAGCAGCGCCAGCAGUACUGCCGAGGCACUCGCCAAGCAGCAGCCAUCGACCGACUAUCGCCUCGGAUCCGCUGUCAAACCGAUCCACUAUGAUCUCGUGAUCAAGAGCGAUCUCGAGCAACUGGCUUUCGAGGGCAAAGCUCAGGUCGAAGUUGAGAUCCUUCAAGAGACCAAAGAGAUCACCCUCCAUGCGCGGAAGCCCCUGGUCGUCAGGUCAGCGUCGCUCAAGUCCUCACAGCUCAAGACGACGUCCGAGGAGACUUCCACUGACCUCAAAGUCGACGAAGAUCUGGAACGCGUCACCGCUACCUUUGCCACUCCACUGCCUGCUGGUUCAAAGGCCACCAUCACCUAUGACUUCUCGGGCGAGAUUGAGGGCUCCAUGCAGGGCUACUAUCGCUCGAGCUACGACAAGGAAGAUGGCUCAAAGGGUAGCUACGCACUCACCCAGUUCGAGCCCACCGACGCCCGUCGUGCUUUUCCCUGCUUCGACGAGCCCGCGCUCAAGGCUACCUUUACCCUCGAUCUCAUCCACCGGAAAGGCACGGUUGCGCUUGGCAACAUGAACGCGAUCAACGAGAUCGCUUCUGAUGGUUCGGUCACUUUUCUCCAGUCAGGCUCCCCGGCAGAGAAAGGCCCGGAAACAAAGUCAGAAUGGCUUCGUACCUCAUUCGCAAAGACGCCCAAGAUGUCAACCUAUCUGGUCGCCUAUGCCAACGGCGAGUUCGUCCAUCUCGAGUCUGCUUUCACGUCGCCUCUGACGAACAAAUCGGUGCCCAUGCGUAUCUACACGACGCCAGAACACAUCCACCAGGCACAAUUCGCUCUCGAUGUGAAGCAGCUCGUCUUGCCCGUCUACGAGCGCAUUUUUGAUAUUGCCUAUCCCUUGCCCAAGCUGGAUACCCUCGUCGCUGCAGACUUCGAUGCUGGCGCCAUGGAGAACUGGGGCCUCAUCACCGGCAGAACGGCAAUCUAUCUCUACGAUGACGAACGCUCGGGCAUUUCGGGCAAGAAGCUCACCGCAGGCGUUCAGUCGCACGAGGUCGCUCAUCAGUGGUUCGGAAACAUCGUCUCACCAGGCUGGUGGGACAACCUGUGGCUCAAUGAAGCCUUUGCUACCCUCAUGGGCGAAGUCAUCAUUAUACACGAAGUCUGGCCAGAGUGGAAGAUUCAUUCUGCUUUCAUCAGCAAGCAUCUCAACGCCGCUCUCGCUCUCGAUAGUCAGAGAUCAUCUCAUCCCAUCGAGAUGCCCUGCCCAGAUCCAAAGCUCAUCAAUCAGAUCUUUGAUGCCAUCUCCUACUCGAAGGGCGCAUCAGUGCUCAAGAUGCUCAGCAAUCUCAUUGGCGAAAAAGUCUUCCUCAAAGGGGUCUCCAUUUACCUCAAAGCUCAUCUGUACGGCAACAGCCAGACCAAGGAUCUAUGGGCAGGCAUUGCCGAAUCAAGCGGGCUCGAUGUCGCCAAGAUCAUGUCAAAUUGGACACUCAAGACUGGCUUCCCUGUGAUCAAUGUCGAGGAGACUUCUACAGGCAUCACCGUCAGACAGAAUCGCUUCCUCAGCACAGGAGAUCCGACGCCAGAGGAGGACGAGACCAUCUGGUAUGUACCACUCAUGCUCAAGACAAUGGGUGCCUCGAGCAAGCCGACCGUAGACAACAAAGCCAUCCUCGACAAGCGUGAGCUUUCCAUCAAGAUCGACAACGUCACCAACGCGUCCUUCAAGCUCAAUGCUGAGACUGCUGGCGUCUACCGCGUGCGCUACCAGCCCGAACGUUUGGCCAAGCUUGGCGAAGAGGCUGCCAAGCCCAACAGCGCUCUCUCACUCAACGAUCGGAUGGGUCUGGUCCAGGAUGCCUUCACGCUCGCUCGUGCUGGCUAUGGCGAGACGAGUGGCGCUCUCGCUCUCGUCAACAAGCUCAACGGUGAGACCGAGAACCUCGUCUGGACCGAAAUCAACGCUGGCGUUUCGGAUAUCGAUUCAGCGUGGUGGGAAGAGCCCAAAGACGUCAGAGAUGGAAUUGCUGCUUUCCGUCGUCAUCUUAUGGGACCCAUCGCUCGGAAGCUCUCCUUCGAGGUCAGCAAGUCUGAUGCGCCCGACGUCCGCGAAUUGCGAGCUCUCGUCAUCGGCUCUGCUGCAGCUUCCCAUGAUCAAGAGAUCAUCGAUGAGUGCAUUCGCCGCUUCGAUGCUUACUCGCAAGAUGGAGACGAUCAUGCCAUUCCUGGCGAUCUACUUCGCCCGAUCUUUGUCGUUGCUGUACGCUACGGAGCCGAAAAGCAGUACGAUGCCGCUCUGCAAGUCAUGCGACGCCCGCCAACGCCGCAGCACAAAGUCGCAGCUAUCUUUUCGCUGGCAUUCGCUCAAGAUGAAGCCCUCCUCAAACGCACUUUCAGUCUCAUCAGCGAUGGCGAAAUCAAGACGCAAGAUCUGCUUUACAUCUUUGGUGGUCUUGGGUCGAACGCUGCAUCGCGUAGAAUGGUUUGGACAUGGCUGCAAGAGAAUUACGAUCUGAUUUACCGUCGAUUCGACGGCGGCUUCCAGCUUGGUCGCAUCAUUGGCUACGCUUUCGAAGGACUGUCGACGACAAAAGAUGCGGACGCGGUCGAAGCUUUCUUCAAGGAGAAAGAUACCGCUGCCUAUCAUCAAGCCCUCAAGCAGGGGCUAGACUCGGUACGAGCAAAGGCGGCAUGGCUGAGCAGAGAUCGCGGAGAUGUCAAAGAGUGGCUCAAAGCGCAGCAGUACUUGGCAUGA